AUGUUAUUUAUGUUAUUUAUGUUAUUUAUGUUAUAAUGUCCGUCCAAAAGAGGUGCUGCAAAAAACUUAUUAUUUUUUGAUCAAAUUUUCGAACAAAUCAGCAACAAUUACAAGUUUGAUAGUCAAACUAUACUUAAAAGCUAGUUUUGUUAUUUGUUUUUGCAAAACCGAAACGAAAGUGCCAAAAGUAUUCGUAAUUACCUUUUGCCUCUUGGUGGCGCUUUGUAUUAGUAUGUGUGUGGUCGAUGUUUUCGGACAUGCACGCAGAACACAGAACAGUUAAAACUAGCGAAAAUACCUCACUUUCUUCUGAUACAAGUCGCCAUAUUGAAAUUACUUGAAAAUUCAUACCCGUGGUACUACCCAGUCAACUCAAUCGGAAUUUAUUUCGAAUCGUUUAAGUAUUCCGUUUCAAACGCAACCCGAACUGAAUUCCGUUUCAGAAUUCCGAUUGAGUAGACUGGGCAGUAGGUUCAAGUAGGAUUACACACUUUUGUGUAGUAAUCCUUGAUAUUUUCACAGUGUAAUAAACGAGGCAGCUAUAGAGUUGGUGUGCUAGUGUGUGUGAGAUCGGGCUUAGAUAGCUCUAUUAGGUUUUACGCCGUCGCGGCUAACCUCAAUCGUGUUUUUCUGUUUGACAGCUCGCGUGCACUGUUUACAUAGACUUAGUCGUGUUCGAACGAAAAGUGCUGGGUAUUUUUUUUUAUUCAGAGUCGGUCGAAAUUUCAAAGCGAAGCGGUUUGUAAAUUGAAAUCGAAGGCAAAGUGGGCGGCAAACUUGUUUACAUGACCUGCUCGCUGAACCCGAACGAAAACGAAGCCGUGCUGCUGGCGGAAAUGGUCGAGCAAUGCCGCGUUCCGACGCUCAAGCAAAGCCCUGGAAUGACCUACUGGGAACCGACCACCAAGGACAUGCAAAUCCCGGAAAACUACCGCACCGUCUUCCGACCGCUUAUGCUCCAGCUCCAGCUCCCGAGGACGUGGUCAAGUUCAACCUCGAGCGCUGCAACCUCGCCCUCCUCCACCAACAAAACACCGGCAGAUUCUUCAUCGUCCUGUUUGAGAAGAAAAAGAAGCUGCUCUCGGAGGUUUUCCAUCAGAAACCGCCGUCGAAGACCUGCGAAGCGGAACCACCCCAAAAGAAGCUAAAACGCUACCACCGCAACCCGCUCAACCUCCUGACUCGGUGCCGCGAAGACAAAAAGAAGAACACUUACUGGUCCAGGAGGGUGGACACCUUUUUGCAUUUCGGAUUGACCGUAGUUCGGGUGCUGGUCAACUACAGUCUACCGGACCAUGUCGUCAAGGAUGUGCUGCUAGAUUAUUGACAGGGUUGUUUCGGAGAAGCCACAAAAAAAUCCGCGCCAUAUAAUAAAAAAUACGCGACAAACACAGAGUUUCAUAAUUUUUUUUUCUGGGAUAAAAAAAAAGUUCAAGAACAAACACGUUUUACGUUUAAGAGCUCCGUCGGAAGGAAC